AGCCUCGUCAGCAAAGGCACCCUGGUGCAGACCAAGGGCACCGGUGCUUCCGGCUCCUUUCGCCUCAGUAAGAAACCUGGAGAAGUGAAAGAAAAGGUUCCCAGGAAGAAAACUGCAGCCAAGCCCAAGAAGCCGGCAGCUAAGAAGCCCGUUGGCGCCGCCAAGAAGCCCAAGAAGGCAGUGACAGCGAAGAAGAGCCCCAAGAAAGCCAAGAAGCCGGCGGCCAAGAAAGCAGCCAAAAGCCCUAAAAAGGCGACAAAGGCUGCCAAACCUAAAAAAGUAGUGGCAGCGGCGAAGAGCCCAGUGAAGGUGAAGGCAGUGAAGGCGAAAGCACCAAAGCCGAAGGCAGCCAAGCCGAAAACAGCAAAGGCGAAGAAGGCAGCCCCCAAGAAGAAAUAAGGCCCCUGUGGAAGAAAAGUCGUCUACCGCACCUAAAACCCAACGGCUCUUUUAAGAGCCACCCAAAUUUUCUCGAAAAGUGCUGAAAUAAGAUUUGUUUUCAAA